CGUUCUUUUCUACUUGCACGUCUAGGGUUCGAAUCUCAUCACAGUUUUUCCCUUUUUUCUUCUUCACAAUAGUCAUCUUCAUCACAGUUUUUGCAGAAUUUUCUUCAAUUUCACUUUAGAUCCUUCAAUUCUCAUCCAAAUUUACCUUAAACUCCUUCAAAUCUUACAUAUUAUCACAUGGAUCCAGAUUUGCCCCUUUCUUCUUCUAGCACCAGAAAGGUUAAAUUUGCUCCAAAAGGACCUCCUCGUCGAAAGAAGCAGAUUUCCGUACAACCUAAAAAUGAAGCAGAUGGAAAUGAGGAUAGAGAUGGUAAUGAAGCUGCUGAGGCUAUUCUGAAAAAAGUCAACGAGCGCUUGACUAGACAGAAACCCAAAACAGAGAAAAAAGCAGUUGAGGUUGCAUUUGCUCAUGGAGUAGCAUCACCAACUUCCAUAAGGACUUUUGGAAAGCCUAGGGAACUCUCUGUCAAUUGGGAUAGUACUGUGAAAGACCAUGAAUCUUCUGAUAGGAUGGACAUUGAUUGUUUACCUUCUUUACCUUCAAGUACUGGAUCAGAUCUUGCUGGAAUUUCAGCCAAUAAUUCAGAUUCUUUACUUAGAAGGAGGAAGAAAGAGUACAAAGAACCUUGGGAUUACCAUCAUAGCAACUAUCCUAUAACUCUUCCUCUCAGAAGACCUUAUGCUGGAGACCCAGAAAUUCUAGAUGAAGCUGAAUUUGGAAAGGCUGCAGGAAAUGCAGAGUAUGACGAAAAUAAUACUAAACCUGCUUCAGAGCUUGGUUUACUGGAAAAAAAGGAUGAUGUACAGAUUCUUUUUCUUAAGCUUCCAGCAAAUUUACCCUUAGGCAAGCGACAAGCCAGCACCGAAGGUAGAGAUACUGCUGGCUCCUUGACAUUGCCAGAGGCAAAGUUGUCAUCACCUACGCUUAAGGGAAAAGAAGUAGCUGGUAGUGCUCCCAGGCUUCUUGCCAGUGCAAAGGGAAAAGAGAUAGUUGAUAGCUCUACAAUUUCCAGAAGGCAUAAUACUACAAAGAACGCAUGCGGUUUGCAAGAGUUGCCUGCGGGAAACAUGGGGAAAAUGCUGGUUUACAAGAGUGGGAAAAUUAAAUUGAAGCUUGGAGAUAUCCUGUACGAUGUUUCUCCUGGUGUAGAUUGCGCUUUUUCUCAAGAUGUUGUUGCAAUUAAUACUGCUGAGAAGCAGUGCUGCCAGCUUGGAGAACUUGGCAAGCGGGCUGUUGUCACUCCUGAUGUAGAUUUCCUCUUGGACAAUAUGAUAUAGUUUAACUAAGACUACUUAAGUUUGUCAAUUUGGAGUAAGGCUUUUUCUUGUUAGGGCUAUGUUUGCUAGGUAAACAUUUACUUCAAUUUCUAAAUUUAGUGGAUCUUCUGACUUCAUGUAUAGAGGGUAUCUUGUUAGGCCUAUGUUUGCUAGGUAAGCAUUUACUUCGAUUUCUAAAUUCGGUGGAUCUUCUGACUUCAUGUAUAGAGGAUAGCUUGUGCAUACUGAAAAACUUUGCAGUGUUAUUGGCUCAAAAGAUUUCCUUUAGUCUA